UAAAUAACCAACAGUAUAGUUUUGGUACAUAACUGUCAAUAUGUUCCUCAAAACACUUAUCAUUUUAGCAGUGGUUGCCAACUGCUGGUGCUACACGUGGAAGGAAGAAGCCAAAAGCUUGGCCGCCUUGUGCGCAAAAGUAAACAAGGCCCACCAGGAAAAUAAACUGCCCGAAAAUAAAAUCUUAAAGCAACAGAAUCUGUGUUUGAGAACGCACGUGGGUACGUUCGAAUUCAGACCCGAAUUGAUGGAGCUGAUGACGAAGAAAGGUGCUGAAACGGAUAAGGCCUUCGACAAAACCUUCAAGCAGUUUGAUUAUGUGGGCGAAACAGCGUUGCACGACUACAUAACUUGUAUGGGAUACAUGUUUAAUAAGAAAUAAACUUUUAACAUUGUUAAAGAUAAUAAUAUAGUUGAAAUUAAAUAAAUCUAGUUGUUUUCA